CCAGCCCUUUAACCCAGGCCCACGGAGUCUAGCCAGCCCAGCCCCUGGAACCUCCGGACGCCAUGGGUACGUGCGGGAGGGACAAGGGUUCGGUUGGGGGUGCACUUCGGGAAUCCCGACUCCCCGAAACGGACGGGCGGGGGCCGGAGGAAGGCAUGAAAUCCGUCUCGCUGAGAACUAGUUUUCUCUCGGACCUCAGCUUUCCCAUCUGGGAAAGGGACUCUCUUCAACUGUAGAUGUGCGGCUUAAGCCCCCUCGGGGUCGCGUUCUUUCGGGCUCCUCGUUCCCCAGGUGGAGGUCUCGGUCGGAGGGCUUUGGUCCCCUCAUCCUUUCCUUCCUCCCACGCAGAGGUGCUGGUGCUGGAGGACUACCAGGCUCAGAGGGAGGACGAGCUGACCCUAGUCGCCGGAGACCUGCUUCGGGAAGUGAGCCAGGGGUCCGAGGACGGCUGGCUCCUGGGGGAGCUGGCUGGGCGCCGUGGUCUCUUCCCCAAGCUCAUCGUCCAGGAGAUCCCGGAGAGUCUACGGGACGACGGAGGCCCCCGGAGGCCCCGCUCUACGCGCCGAGGUCAGCCCAGGGGACCUCCAACUCGAUGGUGUAAAGUGAGCUUUAGCUACAGCCCAGAGCAGCCCGAUGAGCUUAUGCUCCAGGCUGGGGAGAUGGUCCAGGUGCUUCGAGAGAUUGAAGAUGGUUGGUGGCUGGGGAAAAAGAACGGGCAAUUCGGGGCUUUUCCCUCUAACUUUGUGCAAGAGCUGGACUAUAGGCCUUCUGGUGAGAGUCCCUGACCCCUAUGUGAGAUGGUCAACUCAUUCCCUGGUGAACCCCUAUUCAUGAAUCCUUAAUUUCAACUCACUGACCUCCCUGCUCCUUAGCCCCUGAAUCAUAAUUCCUAGACCCCUGACCUACCUGAA